AUGGCGACAGAUGAAACAUCACCCCUUCUGCCAAACGUUGAAUCAGAAGAACCCGCGCGCAAUCAGAACACGAUGAGCGGCACUCUCUUCUGGAGGACGGGCGCUGUGUUUGGCGCCGCGGCCGUUGGGCUCGGCGCGUUCGGCGCCCACGGCCUUAAGAAGCGCAUCUCAGAUCCGAACAAGCUGGCCAACUGGUCGACCGCGGCACAGUACCAACUCAUCCAUUCCGUCGCCCUUCUCGUGGCCAGCAACAACCCCGUCGCCGGCACCCUCUUCACGGCCGGCAUGACCAUGUUUAGUGGCAGCCUGUAUGCUCUAACGCUUGAUACCGAGCGCUUCCGCUUCCUGGGUCCCGUCACGCCUCUCGGAGGGCUGUGUCUGAUGGCUGGCUGGUUGGCCCUCGCAUUUGGGAAGCGGGGUGCGGGCUUGAGGUGGCCACGCACUUAACUGGAGACCACCUUGUGUGUAGGAAGUGUAUUUGAGACAAGUUAUUUGUAAGAUAAAUGUGAGGGUACCCAUUGGGAUGCUGCCGGGGAAGAUGUAAGAUACUCAAGGAUGCAAUCUAGAAGCACACACCGCUCCUUUCUCAACC